AUGGUUCAUCCUUUUCUUACAGAAUUCUGGAAAAAAACUUUGAAGCUCUGCCUUUCUAGUGCUUGUAGAUUUAAUACGGCAGUUGCUUCUAAGGUAACUACACCUCCGGGGGGAAGGGGGGAUGAUGCGCUGACACGGCUUCCCCGCUUAUAUUCUCUGACAUCAUUACUGAUUGAUGAAUAUCUCUUUGCGGCUGAUUCAGCAUGGGAACAAGAUUUGGGCAAACCAUAUCGUUCAGCAAGGCGCUGCUUCGGAAUGGUCCAUGGGAUUUCGAGUUUUAGCUUUCAACAGCACACCUGUUUACUUUCACUGGGUGAAAAUUUGCUGGUAGGCAGGAAUGAGGUUAUUUUCGCUGCUAGAAAGUCUCGGAAUUACCCCUAG